ACCAUUUUACAAUUUUACCCUCAUCUUAUAUCAAUUUCGCGCUUAAUCCUGCUCGGAAUUCAUUUCUCUUUUCAGUAACUCUGUCCUUUCCAAGAUCCGUUGUUCGAGCAGAAAGAUUUUAGGAUUCAACCAUAGAGUCUCCAACAUGGAGUGUAGCAUUUCGCUCGAUUCGAAGAACUACGGUGUUGGAGCUAGUCAAAACAUGGAAAUAGCUGGAGUGAAAACGAUGAAGAGCUCCAAAGUAGGAGGCGCCCAGAGGAAACGGCUUUCCGAUAUAAGCAACUUGAAGGAGCAACCUGUACUGCAGAAGGGAGAUACGAAGCAGCAGUCUAGUUUGCUUAAGACCUAUGAAUAUGUUGAUAAGUUACAGAAGGAAAAUAUGGCACUUACGAAAGUUCUUGCAGAAAGAAAUCGUAUAAUUGAGAUAAGUGGAAAUGAGUUAGAGACAUUGAGAACCAAUUUUCAGAAAUUGCAGCAGCAGAAUCUGCAAUUCGCCCAAGCAAACAGUCAAAUGUUAGCGGAACUUAAUUCAGGUAAAGAAAGGCUGAAAGCCCUUCAACACGAGCUUGGAUGUAAAAAUGGCAUUCUUAGGUCAAGAAAACUGGAUUUGGAGAGAAAAGGAAAAGCAGCGACAUUUCAGCCUGGAGGGGUAGGGACCGCCGGAUGUAGUGAGGCAGCGGAAUCUAUGAAUACAAAUGAGGGUAAUAUGCCUUGCAAAACUAACAGGCGACGACAAUCCAGACAAGAAUCUUUUGGCACUUCAGUUCUUAAGACAGAGGUUCAGAAGGUUGAAAGCAAAAGGCCUAGAAGGCAAUCUGCAAGAUUCAAAACCGAGGAACCAGUGGCUGCAAACCACAUCUUGGAGACAGAUAAUUCCAAUUCUAAUGAUGCUUUGCAAUGUAAAGAGACUUCAGUUCAUCGAGCAGAGGUUCAAAAGGUCGAAGGCAAGAGGCCUUGUUCGAGAAAGCAGUCUGCAAGAUUGAAAAUUGAGGAACCGGUUGCUACAAAUGACUUAUUAGGGAUAGAAAAUUUCAAUUCUACCGAUGCUUCUCAAUGUAGAGAAACUUCAGUUCUUCAAACAGAGGUCCAGAAGGUUGAAGGCAUAAGGCCUUGUCUGAGAAGGCAGUCUGCAAGAUUCAAACUCGAGGAACCAGUGGCUAUCAAAGACUCACUUGAUACUGUAAAUUCCAAUUCUACCAGUGCUUCUCUAUGCAAAGAGAUCGUAUGUGAAGUAAAAAUUGUUCCAACUUCAUCAGUAGAAACAGAAGAUAAUGGCAAUUCUACUGAUAGAUCUGAAGUUCAAGAACGUCGGAGGACAUCCGUUGGUAGGCCGUUAAGGCGAGCCGCUGAAAAAAUUCAGUCCUACAAGGAAAUUCCACUUAACGUCAAGAUGCGCAGACCGGUAUGAUCAAUCCUAACCCAAAUUUCCUUUUCCUGUUGUCAAGUGAGGGGAGAGUUGUGAUCACUAGUUUUGUAUCUGUAUCCUUUGAUAGCAUUAGAUUGUGCACUUACUGUAAAAAGCUCGAGUUUGCUUCGACAUUAAGACUAGACGAUGAAAUCAACCAUUCACAACACCUUUUAGGCUAAAAUGACCAAUUAGUUAGGACUGUAAAAAAGCUUCCUUGAAACAACACUAUUGUUUUGUCUUGGCAAAUUAAACUGAUGCAUCUAGUCGGAUGUAGCACAAUUGUUUAUACUUCAAGUCUAGCUCUUUGCCUAUC